UUUCAUUACUACUCGUUUUUUCUUUCAUUCAGGGUCACAUGUAGAACAAGAAGAGGGAAAGUAUACAAUUUCUCCCCUCCUGUGAAUAAUAGACGCCUUCUUGACACCUCUCGAUGAUAUAUGAAAGAGCACAUGUCACCUGCUACUCAUUACACCCACGUCACUCACUAAUGUCCAUUCGUAAUUGUUCGUAUAAUAAUAUACUGUUUCGUGACGUAUCGUGUUUGAUAUCGAAUUCGAACGUUUUAACGGAGUAAUACGGUUCAUUCGGAAAAUGUACGGUAGAGGCGAAAUGAAAAGCUCUGGGCAAAUUAAUUGUAAUCGUUCGACGAACGUGACACAGCAGAUACAUCACGUAUCAAGAGAGAAACGAGGCGAGCACUAUGGAAAAUUUAAAGGAUUCCGUGGAUGUACCAUUUGGCUAACGGGACUCUCAGGAGCUGGGAAGACCUCGAUUUCGUUUCAACUAGAAAAUUAUCUAGUUUCGCAGGGAAUACCCGCCUACAGCCUCGACGGCGACAACAUCCGCGGAGGCCUAAACCGAAACCUAGGCUUCAGCAAGGAGGACCGGGAGGAAAACGUCCGCCGAGCGGCCGAAGUAGCAAAGUUAUUCGCGGACUGCGGUAUAAUCACCAUCUGCAGCUUCGUUUCGCCUUUCGAAGCCGACAGGAGACUAGCGAGAAAAAUCCACGAGGAGUUCAACCUGAGGUUCUUCGAGGUGUUCGUGAAAGCCUCGAUGGAGACGUGCGAAGCGAGGGACGUGAAGGGUCUCUACGAGAAGGCUAGGAAAGGUGUCAUCAAGAGCUUCACGGGUAUCGGGCAAGAUUACGAGACUCCCACGCACGCUGAUCUUGUUCUGAACACCGAGGAACAUAGUUUGGAAGGUUCGAAGAGGAUGCUGAUCGAUUUUCUGGUGAAGCAGGGAAUCGUUCCGGUGAUACCGGAAGAAGUGGAGGAACUGUUCGUUGAGGAGGGCAGGCUGGAGGAAGCGAAACGAGAAGCGGAGAGUCUCUUUAGCAUCGAGAUCAACGACGUCGAUCUGCAGUGGAUCCAAGUACUCGCCGAAGGCUGGGCAAGUCCGCUAAGAGGCUUUAUGAGAGAAGACCAAUACCUGCAAUGUCAACAUUUCAAGAUUAUCGGAAAGGACCAGACGGUUAUCAAUCAGUCGAUACCGAUCGUACUUCCGAUCGGCGCUGAUCAGAAAGAGGCGUGUUCAGAUUCUACGGCGGUGACCUUGAAGUACCAAGGACGAAGCAUCGCGAUUUUGAGGAAGCCCGAAUUCUUCGCGCACCGGAAGGAGGAAAGAUGUUGCAGAGAAUUCGGAACGAACGACCCCGGACACCCGUACGUAAAAAUGAUACACGACUCAGGUGACUGGCUGGUCGGAGGGGAAUUAGAAGUCCUAGAAAGAAUAAAAUGGAACGACGGUCUCGACAAAUUCAGACUCACGCCGAACGAGAUUCGAAGGAAGUGCAAGGACAUGGGUGCCGACGCUGUGUUCGCCUUUCAGCUGAGAAACCCGAUACACAAUGGCCACGCGCUUUUAAUGCAGGAUACGAGAAGAUACCUGGUGGAGGAACGCGGUUUCAAGAAACCUGUGCUGCUGUUACAUCCUUUGGGAGGGUGGACGAAAGAGGAUGAUGUGCCAUUGUUAGUUAGAAUAAAUCAACACCAAAGCGUGUUGGAAGAAGGCGUUUUGCAUGAGGACACUAUACUUGCCAUUUUUCCGAGUCCUAUGAUGUAUGCUGGACCCACUGAGGUGCAAUGGCACGCGAAAGGAAGGAUGAUGGCGGGAGCGAACUUCUUUAUCGUUGGACGAGACCCUGCCGGUCUACCGCAUCCUGACAAAUCCAAAACACCAGAUGGUAACUUGUAUGAUGGAACCCAUGGGUCCAGGGUUCUGUCCAUGGCUCCGGGACUUGAGGGUCUUGAGAUAAUUCCCUUCAGAGUAGCGGCGUACGAUAAUAAAGCGCGUAAGAUGGCGUUCUUCGAACCUGAACGAUCUCAAGACUUCAGCUUUAUUUCAGGAACUAAAAUGCGGGCCUUAGCAAAAUCAGGUGAAAAUCCACCAGAAGGUUUCAUGGCACCAAAAGCAUGGCGCAUCGUCGCAGACUAUUAUCAACAAAAGUUCGGCAGUAAAUAG